UGCAACCUUCCCCCAACUUCUCCUCCUCUCUCUUCUAAAACCUAAACCUUCUGCACAAGGCCCCCUUCGGAACCAGGACCAGCUCAGUUAUCCACAAAUAUCAGACUAGUUACAACAUGAAAUAGGAAUAUGCUCUGUUAAAAGUGAAUUUUAACUAAACAAAGUGAUUUUUAUUCCUUCAUUCAAAAAUCUCCGAAAUCAAGAGAAAUCUCCGUCCUGGAGCCAAAACUACAGUUUGCCAGCUCUCUAGUACUCAGAAUGGAACCCAGAGCUACACCUUGUUGAACGUUAAACCCGAUUUUACCCACGCACCCUAGAUCCAAGCAGUAUCUAUACCUUGAUAUCCAGGUUAUACUCCGGAAAUAUCCAAGUGUCUCCAUUAUCUCCGAGAGCAUGAGGGUUUAACCUCCAUGCUGUCUUCAGUUAUGAAUCUUCUCCAUUAUAUAUCCUUCUCCCUGUAUCUCGGCCUCGUGUCCUCCUGUGGACCAGGACGAGGUCCAAUACGACGCCGGGGACCAAGGAAAAUCCUUCCUCUUAUUUAUAAACAACAUGAACCAAAUUUUUCCGAAAGAGCGCUGGCCGCCAGCGGUCUCCCAGACGGGAAAAUCUCCCGAGAAGAUUCGGAAUUCCGGAAACUUGUUCCGAAUUAUAAUCCUGAUAUUAUCUUCAAGGAUGAAGAGGGGACAGGAGCGGAUAGAAUUAUGACUCAGAGGUGUAAAGAGAAGCUGAACACCCUGGCUAUCUCCGUGAUGAACCAGUGGGCGGGGUUGAGGCUCCGCGUGACGGAGGGGUGGGACGAGGAGUCCCAUCACACCAAGGACAGCCUCCAUUACGAGGGCAGAGCUGUCGAUAUAACGACCUCAGACCGGGACCGGAGCAAGUACGGAUUACUCGCGAGUUUGGCGGUUGAAGCCGGGUUUGAUUGGGUUUACUAUGAGUCCCGCUCCCACGUUCAUGCGUCCUGUAGAGCAGAAUCUGCUGAGCCAGGGAAGAAUGCAGGUUGCUUCCCGUCCGACUCCAGGGUGAAGAUUAGCACUGGAGAAACUAUUCUCAUGUCUCAGCUCCGGGUAGGAGAUAGUGUACAGGCAGUCAACACUGCCGGAGAACUGGUUUACAGUGAGGUUCUCUUGUUCUUAGACCGGGACCCGGAGCAAGUUAAAACCUUCCUAAACCUGGAGACAGAGUCUGGAUCCGUCCUUUCUCUCACAUCUUCUCAUCUGGUUCAUGUCUCAACCUCUUGCACAGAGUUAUCAUGUUUUCAAGCAACCUAUGCCGGGUCUGUUGAACCCGGACAUUUUAUCCUUGUAUCAGAGAACUCAUUGCACCCGGAGAAGGUUGUUAAAGUGAGCGUGAGUCGAUUAAAGGGAGUGUACGCUCCCUUGACAUAUACAGGAACCCUAGUUGUAGAGAAUAUUGUAGCAUCAUCCUACGCUAUUAUAGAUAAUCAAUCAAUAGCUCAUGCAUCCUUUGCUCCGGUGCGCUGGGCGACCAUAUUAAAAUCCAAUCUUAAACAUUUAUGGGUUUCCAUGUCGAGCUUAUCUACAAGUGAACCAAGGACAGAGCGCUCCGUGCCACCUAAUGGGGUUCAUUGGUAUGCAAAUAUACUGUACACGAUAGCGGGGAACAUCCUACCUAACCAUCUAGUUUCAUCUAGAUAGUUCUAGAUAGUUCUAGUAAUGGAUAAACUCCAACAUACUUCCAGUGAUAUCUAUCAGUGAUUUAACAAUAUUUCGUCAUUCCUCUCUCAUUC